AUGGGCGAUCCGCUUUGCCGGCCGCGCGUCGUUCCGGGGUCCUGGCUGGAGCUGCUGCUGCUCCUACUCCAGCUCCUGAGCGCUCCAGCUCCGCGUCGCGCCUACCUGAGGCUCUUGGAUUACCCGGUCCCCAUCUGCUGGCAGCAGGGGCUAAGCUGCAGAGUCAAGAACAGUACCUGCCUGGAUGACAGCUGGAUCCACCCUCAGAACCUAACUCCAAACUAUCCAAAACAUGUCCAGAUCCAACUGCGCCUUGCCAGAACCCAGCAGGGAGACCUGGUCCCUGUGGUGCACAUCGAAUGGACACUGCAGACAGAUGCUGGCCUCUUCUCCCCCAAGGGUGCAAAGUUGUCUGUCCUGCAGCUAAACACCAAUGAACAUUUGUGUGUCGAGUUUGAGUUUCUGUCCAAACUUAAACGUUACAAGCAGUGGCGUUUUGCCUUCAGCCACUUUGUGGUAGAACCCGGCCAGGAGUACGAGGUGACUGUUCACCACCUGCCCAAGCCCAUCCCUGACGGGGACCCAAACCACCUGUCCAAGAAGCUCCUUGUGCCAGAUUGUGAGGACUUCAGGAUGAAGAUAACCACGCCAUGUGUGAGCUCAGGCAGCCUGUGGGACCCCAACAUCACCGUGGAAACCCUGGAGGCCCACCAGCUGCGGGUGAGCUUCACGCUGUGGAACGAAUCCUCCCAUUACCAGAUCCUGCUCAACAGUUUUCCACACAUGGAGGACCACAGCUGCUUCGAGCACAUACAGCAGAUACCUGAGCCCAAACAAGAGGAAUUCCACCAGUGAGCCAACCUCACUCUCCCGCUACACAGCUCUAACUGGUGCUGUCGCCACCGAGUACAGGUCCAGCCCUUCUUCAACAGCUGCCUUAAUGACUGCCUUAGACACACCAUGACCAUCCCCUGCCCAGACGUUCCAGAGACUUCAGUCACAAUUGCAGAUUAUAAAUCCCUGUGGGUGUUUGGCUGCAUCUCUGUUGUGCUGGUGGGCUUCGUCAUCCUGCUGGUGGGCUUCGUCUUCUUCCUGAAGACCAAAUGCACAACUUGGAGGCAACAUGAUGUCGCUGCCGAUGAACUGACCCUCCCAAUCCCUGAUCCCUGGGAAAGUCUGGCGCAUCUGAGGAGCUCACCAUCCACUCUACGUGACCGUGCUCCUAAAGGUCACCGUUUCUACUAUUCUCUGUUUCUGAUCAGCCCCUGUGGUGCUGAAAUGUCCCUCAACCUCCUGGAAAAACAGGUCAUCUCAGAAGUAGGGGUCAUGACCUUGGUGGGCAACCAGAAGCAGGAAGUGGUAAACAACUCCAAGUCAUCAUCCUGCCUGACAUUGGAUGAACCCACCACCCAGCUGCGGUGUGACCGUUGGAAGCCCACUGGGGACCUUUUCACAGCGUCCAUGAACACGAUCCUGCCAGACUUCAAGAAGCCAGCCUGCUUUGGCACCUACAUCAUCUGCUACUUCACUGGCAUCAGCAGUGAGAGCGAUGUCCCUGACCUCUUCAACAUCACCUCCAGGUACCCUCUUAUGGACAAGCUAGAGGAGGUUUACUUCCGGAUCCAGGACCUGGAGAUGUUUGAACCUGGCCGGAUGCACCGCCUCCAGGAGCACGGGGAAAAUUACCUGCAGAGCCCCAGUGGCUGGCAGCUCAAGGAGGCCGUGGAUAAGUUCCGGGAGUGGCAGACCCAGUGCCUUGACUGGUUUGAACGUGAGAACCUUUGCUCCACUGAUGACCAGAACCUCCCAUCCCUGGACGAAGAAGUGUUUGAGGAGCCACUGCUGCCGCCAGGGAGCGGGAUUGUCAGGCAGAAGCCCCUGGUGCGGGAACCUGCCUCGGAGGGCUGCCUGAUGGUAGAUUUAUGCAUGGGUGAGGAAGGAAGGGGAAUGUCGAGGGUGGUACCCCAAUUGCAGCCCCGGGAGGCCAUCCAAACUGUGGUGCUCCCCAGAGAGCAGGUCCCUGCUGCUUGUGCAGUGGAGCUGGUUCCUCUUGCUGACAGCAGCGAGGCCAGCCGGCUGACCUUGGUGGAGGAGGGCGAGGCCUGCCCCCUGCUGGAGGAUCGUGGCCUCCAGAGAAAGAACAUCCUCUUCCUCCCCGUGGACCCUGAGGACUCGCCUCUCUGCAGCACUCCAGUGGCUUCCCCUGGCCACCUCCCCGAUGGUGUGAGGGAGCAGCUGGAGGGCUUGAUGCUCUCACUUCUGCAGCAGAGUCUGAAUAGCCAGGCCCAGGGUGCAUGGGAAGAUGCUGCCCUGGUCCUCAAGGACCCCUCCAUACCCUGUGAGGAGGAGCAGCGGCAGUCCGUGCAGUCGGACCAAGGCUACAUCUCCAGGAGCUCCCCACAGCCCCCUGAUGGGCUUGGGGAAAUGGAGGAGGAGGAGGAGGAAGAAAAGGACCUAGGGAAGUCAGCUGAGCAGCUGUCUCCUGAGCUUCUGCAGGACCUGAGGAGCCUCCAGCAGCAGCUUUUCUUCCAAGAUCUCCAAAAGAACUCUGGCUGGGACAGUGUGGAGUCAGAGAGGUCUGCUACAGAAUAGCAGGCCGCUUCCUAGGGCCUCCCAUGUCCCGAGCCUUGAGAGGGUAUGCGUGUGCAUGUGGGUGUUUAUGUAUGUGUGUGUGUGUGAAGCAUCUGCCUUUAAAAUGUAGGUGUCUUAUCAAGCAUGGUGGCAUGUCCCUGUGGUCCUAACUACUUGGGAGGCUGAGAUGGGAGGAUCAGUUGAGCCUAGAAAUUCAGGAUCAACCUGUGUAACAGCAAGAUCCUGUCUCAAAAAUAAAUUAAG